AUGACUAACUGCGGCCAUCAAGGAUUCCAGCACAAGUCAUAUGUUUAUGACCCUGAGUUUGCUGGCUUGACCAUGUUGUCUGGUUUGCCCACUUUCACCAUCGACAUCAUGGGAUAUCUCUCCCUUGACCCUCAGCCUAUGUUGUAUCCUCUUUAUAGCCCGCCUGCCAGUCACGAAACUCUCAAGAAUCAUCUUUCUCUCGUUGCUUACAUGGUGAUGCCCAUUGAACACUUUCCAGAACGUCAAGAUGCCAGUCUGCCUUUGAAUCUGCCAUGGGUACGAGGCAAGACUGGCAUCAAUGAGGUCAUGCACAGAGUGUAUUGUCAUGACAGCAUUGCAUGCAAGCACGAGGCGCACACAAUAAUUCACCAUGUGGAGUUCCCUGCGGGUUUCUACUCCUCUGUUCCCAAGGUUUACUUUCCGAAUGCUGAUGAUGACAAUGACAUUGUGACCCUAUUGGACAUUUUCGGGCAAGGUCGUUCCGUGGCUGACUCGUCGAUUGCCAUGUUCUGGAAGGAAUCUACUGCCAAUACUAUGUCGGCUGGUCCUAGUAGUGUUCUCGGCACAAUGCCCGCAGACACACAGGCAUGGCCCAAAAGAACAGCUGCAGCUGUUCAAUUGAACAUACACAAGAUCAUGAGGGCUUGUCCCAAGUGGAGAAAAGCCCUUGCGUCAGACCCUUCAGUCAUUAUUUCAUGUAGAACCCUGGCUCCUGAUGUGCAAAAAGGCCCUAGAAUCAUGGCUGGCCUGUCACUGGCCGGAGCUUUUGUCUACAGCAUGUAG